UUGACUAUUCGAAGGCAUAGAUACUGUAGAUGAGAAUGGACCGGAAAUUUUUUUAUAAAGAGUACAUUGACUAAAAUAUCAGCCUUAGCAUUAUCUGUUUGGGCAGAUGUAAAUUGUUUAAAGGAGCAUAAUUUUUUUUACUACCAGCAAGAAGACGGGAUUAGUGAUCACGGUGGAGAAAGCAUAAACAUCAUUACGGAAUUGCUAUUUUUGUUUUAUAAAAUAUUUUUGGCUUCUGUGGAUGAAACUACAUAAUCAACAUAAGGAAAACAUUCUGAUCAAUAAUGGGCUGCUCACCAUCCAAAGGUCAACUCUUUGCUGGAAUCUGUAACCAUCAAGACAAAGUUCUGCAGUUUGGAUCAUACGAAUGCAACGGUCAUGAUUUACCUUGCGGGGCAGAAAUUAAGAGCCAAGUGGAGGAAGACCAGGAAGUUUCCAGCAGAAGUUUAUUACAAGAAGAAAACACUGCUGUACCACUGCAAGGUACAACACCUGAAGUGUGUGAUGUAGAAGACACAAACAGCCAUCCACAAGACUAUUUACCCACAGAAAAAAAUACAGGCGGAAAGGAUGACAGAAGAAAGAAAAAUAACGGAUGCAAAAGGAGACUGAGGAAAACUGUCCACAUCCAAUCAAAUUUAGAUUUUUCACAAGGCAUGGAAAAAGCUCAUCAGGCAGCUUAUGCUUAUCUGAAACAUAAUAUCCCUAAAUAUGAGUCCAUCUUAGGGCUCUUGGAAAAAGCAACAGAAACCCAACUUUCUUUACGGUCUGUGGUCAACUUAUUAUCUUUACAGUAUGAGGAGAUAAACCAGUCCUUAACUGAAAUUGCAACUGAGGGAGAGCAGAUGCUAGAAAUGCAUGAAAACCAUAUGGCCUUGCCAGAAGCAGAAAAUGAUGUUAUGCUAAACCCAGACAUCCCAGAGGUUGAGAUAAACUCAUCUGUGAGUUCUCCAGACUGGCCACCGCAUAAACUUCAUCACUUGAUUAAAAAAAUCAGGUUGGUAGGGGAUUCUGUUACAGAACUGGGGGACUCAUCAUUAGGAGAAACAGGCAGCUACUUUGGCUCACUCUCUCAAAUGCUGGCAGGAAAGCUAGAGGUAAAGAGAGCAGCAGAGUUGCGUUUGAAAGAAGUGUUAGCUUGUGUGGAAUCAAAUGCCUUAAGAAAGCCUAAUUUAGAAGACUCUGCUCUGCACAGUGAGGACAGUGGCAUUAGUAUAGAGAAUGAGUGCCACAAUGGUUCAGUGCGAUGUUGCAGCCUUCAGAAGAGCUCUGGAUCAAGGGUAAACACACAAUCAUCAUAUGAAUGUUCUGAUGGCAAUUUAUUAGAUCAGGCCUAUGUUAAUGAGGAUGAAGAUGAUGAUACUGACAAAGAUAUAGAUGCUGAGGAUAACCAUGAUGAAGAGCCAAAACAUGAGCAGGAGGGAAAAACUGAUUUGACAUACAGAAACAUGUCAAAUCAGUCUCAGGCAGAACCAAGUCAGUAUCCACUUAUAGUCAAUCUGCAAAACAUGAGGCCAGUAGUACAAUUUGGAUGGAUUGAUCAAAAUGAGAGCAACUGCAUCAGACAGACCCAAACUGCAGAUGAUUUGUUUAUCUCUUGUCAAAGAAAAUACAGACAUUUAUGGGGUGCACGCCGAUCACGAUCAGCAGACUGUUUAUGUAGAAAAGUUAAUGACUAUAUGGUACAAGGGCUGAACAGAUUUCCAAAUGAUAAGCCAAAACAUGAAUGCAUGUCCAAAAGACAGAAUCCACCCCAAUCCUGUGGUCCCCAAGAUGGGAAUAAUGUGCAAUCUAAAUCUGGACUAAGACCUAGCUUGACAUCUGCCUUUGCACCUGUACCCCCUGGCAAAAAUGCUGUCAGAAGACUCAUUAAUACAUUUAGCCAGGGUGUAUGUGACAAUUCCAAUCCUAAAUCAUUUAAUAGAUUUAGAGGAAGAAAAAGGAGCCUUUUGCCUGUAUUAAACAAUUGCAGGGCACUUGAUGUCAGCGAUCGCAGUUAUGCAUUUGACCAGCAAAUCUCUGAGAGAACUGAUGAUGUAGAUAUGAACAGCCUUCCACCUCCUCCUCCUGAAUUACUUAUGGAUAUCUCCUUAGGGGAAAAUGGUCCUACUGGUAUUGACUAUGCUAGUAAAACCCCAAAUCAGGGGUAUUCAAUACGAAGGCAGAAGUGCUGUGUUUCUCAGUGUCCACAAUCCUCAAUACACACAGUAUCUUUAUACCCCAGCCAGGAUAUUGUUUCAACGGACUCCCUGAAUAUCUCAGAAACCUACCAUAAUGGAGAGGACAAAAGCAACCCAGCGCGGGACUAUGAACAGGCAGUUGGGAAUAAAGACAAGGAGAAAGAUGAAGCAACUGGUCUUUUUCAUCACUCUCAAAUGACUGUUCAUUUAUGUGGUUCCAAUAACAUUUUAUCCAAGCUAGGCCCAGAGAAUGAGGGUAAUAUCAAGUCUUUAUCUGAGAGGGUGGAAGGAUCUGUAAGACUGGGAAAUAAGAACUCGGGUGAUGAAGCAUCAACCCAUUAUUCUACCAGCCCCUUACCAACAAAUCCACCAGCCUCCAGAGUUCGAAUCACACCCUCAGGCUACUUUACAUGCCACAGAAUUUCAAGUUCUACGGCUCCAUCUCAUUCCUGUCCUAUCAGUGGUAAAGGGGAAACAUUCACAACCACAUUCAAUUCUCAAAUCCAGGGGUGGACUAGGAAAAACAGUGAUGACGAAAAUGGGUUUAGGACUAUACCUAGUUCGAUGUCAUUUUAUAAUGCCCAUUCUAUGUUUUGUCAAAAGUACAAAUUAGCCUCAGAGUCUGUCAAACCUUCCUGUAGGUCCAUACUACCAAGACCAUGGGGGGAGCAAAAGGUCUCCAGAGGGAGACUACAAACUACUUGCCUUCCCCAGACCUUCCAAAGGAUCAUUCCGUACAGGCCAACACUUAAUGACCACCAAGUAUUGUUACCUAGUGUCACAGAGACCCACUACCAGGACAGUGAAGCUACCACUUUAAACAAUGGAAGGAAAGAAUAUCUAACUGAAAUAAGCCACUUAUCAAAACAAGACACCCCAGCGAGCUGCUCAGUGUCUGGUCCACAAGAGGCUGAGGUCAAGAUUACAGAUAAAAUGGAUUAAAGUAUUUUCUUUCUCCUUUUUUUAACCAGUCUUCAGAAGAGAGAGCUACUUCUGACACAGAUUUAAUCUGGAGACAGAUAAAACACUUUCCAGAAUUAAAUAUAGAUGUUGCUAACAACUAAACAGCUGUAUACAUACAGUAUAUAAAUCAUUAUUGUAAUAUUGAAUAUUCAAUAUUAAUACUUUUUAAUAUUGAGUAAAAAGUAUGAACCUUUUUUGUCCUUGUGAUAUUUUAAUACUUAAACAAAUAAUGUGAUAAAUUAUAAUAACUGUCACAAUGUACAGUUCUAUGCAAAAGUUUUGAACCUCCAACUAUUUCUUAUUAAUUAUCAGAUGUAGAUUAAAUUAAAGAAAUUGAAAAAACUAUGUUACAAAAAAUACAAGAUUCAAUUCUGACACUUUGAAAGGAAAAUAAAAAGGAAUGAUGGGUGGCUCAAGACUUUUGCACGGUACUGUAGAUACUGAAAUAUGUUGCAGUAACUUGUUUAAGUUGUACUUAAAAUUCUUUCAAAUAUUCAAAACAAAAAAAAACAAAUCAAAUAUUUAGUUUCCUUGUUAUGAUAUUGCACUUGUACAGUUUAAUGAAAUUUGGGAUUAUGUAGAAAUGUCAAGCUCAACUGUGUACCAUUCCAAUAGUAUUACUUAGCACUAACAUACAGUAUAGUACAAAAAGGUUAUCGGUCUAUAGACAGAUCUCACAUGCCAUUUAUAUGCUGCUUAUAAUUCCUGGAACUACAAUGUAAAUGGUUACCCCAUAUUCCUAGUAACAGAAAAGCCUAUGCCCUUGGUAGUUAAAGUCUAAAUAAUAGCAGGGUAAUUAUUGGAUAGAGCAUGUAAACAAGGUUUAAAAUGUCUGGGAGGAGUGUCAGGAGCACUUUGUAACACUGAUAAAGCUGUUCCAGUAUAUACUGAGAAUAAAUGACUUUGCCCUUGUUAA